AUGGGCAUGAACCUCGGAUAUCCUAUCAACCCUGCUCGUGAUCUCGGACCAAGACUUUUCGCGCUUUUCAUCUACGGGUCUGAGGUGUUCACAUACCAUAACUAUUACUUCUGGAUUCCUGUCAUUGCCCCAAUUCUGGGUGCAGUGCUAGCCGCCUGGAGUUAUCAACUUUUCAUUGGCGCUCAUAUUCCUGACAGCAACAAUGAAGUCCAUAUCCUUGACGAAGCUAAAAUCCCACUAAAUGAUGUGUAA